AACUGGAAGCACUGGGCCAACUGGAAUAACCGGUGCUACAGGGCCAACGGGAUUAGCUGGAUCUACUGGGCCAUCGGGACCAAUUGGUGUUUUGGGACCUACGGGGACUGCAGGUCAAAAUGGAGCUACGGGACCAAGUGGUAUUCCUGGUAUAGGUGCCACUGGCCCUAGUGGUCCACGCGGACUGCCAGGACCACCGGGGCCACCUGCAAAUGCUUCCAAGACGUUUGACUUCAUGUCCAGAUCAUCGCGAGAUAACUGUGUUGGGAAGGAGGUGAAUUGUGCCCACGUGUGUGUUAGUACUCCAUUCGGGUUUGAAUGCAAAUGUAAUCCUGGAUAUACUCUUGGAUCUGACGGUGCAGCUUGCCUAGAUCGAGAUGAAUGUAAAUUGAACAAUGGCCUCUGCGAGCAGCAUUGCAAGAAUACGAUUGGUUCAUUCGACUGUACCUGCAAUGAUCACUAUGAACUCUCAAAGAAUGGAUUGAAUUGUGAAGAUAAGGACGAAUGUUCUUCUGGCCAAGUAAAGUGUUCCCCACCAUACAUAUGCAUCAACUCGUUUGGAGGUUACCAGUGUAUAUAUGACAGUAAAGAAGAGGUUAAAAGCAUAAAAGACCUGAUAAGUAAGCCACCAAAGCUAGUGGACAUUAAGCCAAAACUUACAGAAAUCAAAACGGAAAUCGAAAACGAUAUUGAUGACAAAAUGAAUGACAAAAUCACACAAUCCAACACUGCAUGGGUGCCCCUAGCUAUAUGGGUUGCUAUAACAACACUCGCUGUUGUUGUUAUAGCUUUCGUAGCAGUCAAGAUGUACCGAACCAAUAGAAACCAACAGAAAUAUAUCGUCAGACACAGACACGAAACUCGAUAUAUGAAACAAAGGAUAUCCGAUCUAACAAAUUUAGUCAGUGUUAAUAAUACACAAUCACGCACAAUCACUGAUUCUACAAACAUGUCAAAUUUCAAAAGCUCAAACGGCAGCCACGACGCUUUAGAGCCGAACUUCCUCUGUGAUAAAAAAUCAGACAAUACCAGUAAAACAGUUCAGAUUUUUCCUAUGUUCGGUGAAACCAUGCAUAUUGGAGAGGCCUCUGCUGUACCCCAAACCCCUGCCCGAAACGGAGAAAGUCUGUAUAUGGAAAGCACUACUACUGAGUCCAAUGCGGAAAUUCUUGAAAUAUCAGACGUUGACAUCCAUGUGGAAAAUACUGCUGAAAAUGGCAAAACUUGUGAUAUUGAAAAUGCAAGAGAAAGGUGCAUGAAUAGUGAUGCUGUAUUAGGAGAAAGUAAUCAAUGCAAGAAUAUCGAUUUAGAAAAUGUAGGAGAAAAUAGCAGCACCCGUGAGAUAAAUAAUACCAGAGAAAAUGGUGUGAGCUGUGAUGCCAAAAAUGCAGGAGUAAAUGGAAUUGGUGAUGAUAUUGAUAUUUUCCAACCCCCCUCUGCCCAACCCCCCUUAUCCCAACAUCCCUUAUCCCAACAUCUAUCAACACAACGCCUAUCAACCCAACAUAUGCAGCACUCGGAAGAAAAUAUCAAGCCUUCUAAUGUUGAUACCAAACACCAUACAACCCUCCAACAGGCAAUCCAAUACCUCUCAACCCAACGCGCACUCAAUCUGAGAGAAAAUACAAAGCAUUCCGGUGUUCACAGUACAGGAGAAAAUAUCAAGCCCUCUGAUGUUCACAUUGCGGGUGAAAAUGUUAAAUCUCCCGAUCUCCAUACUGCGGGUGAAAAUGUUAAACCUCCCCAUGUCCAUACUGCAGGAGAAAAUGUCGAGCCUCUCGAUGUUCAAACUGCUGGAGAAAAUAUCAAGCCUUCUGAUGUUCACACUGCGGGUACAAAUGUUAAAACUCCAGAUGUCCAUACUGCAGAAGAAAAUAUUAAGCCUCCUGAUGUUCAAACUGCAGGAGAAAACAUCAAGCCUUCUGAUGUCCUUAGGCCUGCUGCAGGAGAAAAUUUCAAACCUUCUGAUUUUCAUACUGCAGGCGAAAAUAUCAAGCCCUCUGAUGUUCACAGUGCGGGUGAAAAUAGGAUCAAGAAUUUUGAAACCAAAAACAUUGAGAAAAAUGACAAGACGACAGAUACACCAACUCAAGGCGAAGACAACAAUAGUCAUAUCAUUGACAUUCUGUUUCCUAUUCGAAAUGAUAGUGGAUAUAACAGAGAUCCUUUCACCCCAGGAGUUCCAAACGAUGACCCCCCGGCUCCUCUCAUUACGGCAGAAGACCACUUACAAUGA